CGCCCUUGUGGCUGUCAGAAGACACCGCUGCCUUCACUUGUGUCCACUGCCGGGUCAGCUGCUAGCGUGUGCGCGCGCGUGACUCGUGUUGGCUUGGCGUUGUGGUCCGCGUCGUAACUCGCCACUCCUCACAUUUGCCUGCACGCGGCAAUGUCCUCUCCAAGUAGCUUGGAAAAAAGACGACUGAAAGAUCGGAAGCGUAAUUUUAAUCCUCAGUGGGAACAGGAUUUUGCUUUCAUCAAUCACGAAGGCAGGCCACUUUGCCUGCUCUGCAACACCUCAUUGACACACUUCAAAUCUUGCAACUUGAAGCGACACUAUGAGACACACCACAAGAAAUUUGCUGCAGACUACCCGCCCUGGUCUGAAAUCAGACGGAAUAAAUUACUGGCCUUAAAGCUGACGCACACAAAGCAACGCGCUGAUGUGGCCACCACGAACCGCGAUGCCGAUUCGGUUGGCGAAGCGGGUCGCAUGAUCUCUCAGCUGUUGCGGCAGACCGAUCACGCUUCUCCAGAUGCGGAGUUUUGCAAGCAUUUGAUCUCCCGAGUUGCCUCCAUUUUGGACCCCAACAACACUAGACUCCAGCGCUUGAUCACUUCAAUUCCGGCGCACGACCAAGAUAUCAUGGGCUUAAUCAACACGUACAAGUCCGAAUCGGCUUGCGAGCUCAGCGGAUCGCCGGAUAAUGUCUCAAUUCAGACGUCCGAUUAUAUGACACGCCUGCGUACCAAUGCCUUAUAUCGUCUGCUGACGCGGAAUAUCAGGCGCAUCGAGGCCGCUGCAGGCUGUUUCAUAUGUUCUGCAUGUCCGCUUACAUCUGUCGGGCAAGGCCUAGUCUCUGGGGUGUCUUAUUCGGAUCCCCGCAUCUUUCAAGACCACUUGUCGAAAUACCACCAUCACUUGCCCUCCAUUGUGUGUGUGUACUGUGGCUGGCGAGUACCCGGAGGAGGCGACCACUUUGUUUCCCACGUGGCUCAGCAUUUCUUACCCACGUAUUCCUCCGAGCAUUCAACAUCUGGGGGUGGAGUGUACUGUUGCCCAGCUGAACCCAGUUGCUCGACACGCUUCCGUACCGACCGGCUUCCGUCCUUGGAAGUUCAUUGGCUCACCCAGCACGUAGCCGACGUCAAGGUCCAAUCGCGUUUCAAAUGUCCCCAUUGUCCGCGAACCUUCGCCAGUUUAUCUCUAUGGGCAGCGCACAUCCAACACAGUGCUCGACCUCUUAUGCACUGCUCCGCUCCUGGUUGUUUGGUCAAAUCACCUUCGCGAAGCUUACUUAUCGAUCACAUCCAUCGCAGACAUUCGGCCGAAACCAGCGACCAGAACCCAGUGGCAGAAAUGAUUAAUGAAACGCUCGAGAUGGUGUGCAGCACUUCGGACUCUCCUCCUGCUCUGGCCGAAUCUGAUGACUUCCAUUCGUGCUCGAAGGAUUCAAAGUCGCACACUUCCUGGAUGAACACAGAUGGUUUUCUCUCACCCGAGUCGAGCAACCUAGUGCUCUCUAGCCUCCAUCCCAAAUUUGUUUUUCUCCUUCGAUGCCCCUGCUGCCGGAUGAGUACAGUGCGUUGGCAACACUUUUUAUUGCAUGCGUCGCAAUGCCCUGGCCCAUCCCACUCCCGAUCCAGUCAAAUCAGCGGCUCCACUGGCAACCAAAACUAUCUUUGUCGAAUUUACUGGUGCUCAGAGUGUCAAGCUGUGUCAACAGAAAAGUGCUUGGUCAGCGAACAUGUGGCUUACUCACAUGAGACACGGGCCGUUGUGAUAUAUGAAAAAUUGCACGUUAAAUUGCUGGACUCUUCAUCCCAACCGUUAAAGAUGAAUGCGUCUGUUACGGAUUUCGUCUUGAGCUCCCCAUCCGUUCCGAUUGGGGCAGCAUCCAACACUCCCGUUCCCUCUGAAAACACACUCGUGCCCCAGUAUAUCAAUUCGUUCCGACCAUCUUCACCGGAGAACGACGAAUUUGUGUCUCCGAUGAACCUGGCAGCGCUAGCUCGGCCUUCGGCAUCGAGAUUCAUGAAUCACAAUGGUCGCAUUCCCAUCCAGUCAUCGCCACAAAAGCCAACUGGCCAGCAAGCACACCACCCCGCGACAUCCAUCCAGUUGUUAUCUUCCAUGCAGCCCACGUCGCUGUCGAUGACCUCAUGGGCUCCAAAUCUUUCUGCCAUCAAUACAACGACCUCCACUGUCAACAGUCCGUCGAUAUCUUUGCUACACAGUGCAGCUGCACUAAAAACACUGCAGGAGCUUACCGCAACUGGCGGCUCAGACGUCUCCAAGUUAACAGCUUCUGAAGCCGCCUCUGCAGUCGCAGCCAUGGCAGCUGCAGCUCUUCAAGGUUUGACGGGAUUUGAUGUUAGCAAAUCUACUUCCUCAACCACCAUGCUUAAUAACAUUGUACCCUCAUUCUCCGGAGUAGCCACUAGUGCCGGCCAGGUUUCAACCACCACAAGUGCUAUCGCUCCACACGCACUUAGUGAGGCCGGUAGUUCCUCUGUUAAUGAAGAUUGCAAUUCGGAAGCAACCGCAAAUCACCUCGAUGAAGCUCUUGCAGAAAAGUAUUUAUCCGAUGCCAAGGCAGAUGGAGGACGUACUAGUGAUGAUAUGGUCUCCUUCCCCUUUGACGAAGCCAAAUUCCGUAGCGAGCUUUAUGGGCACGUUCAUUCUGAAGCACUGGACUCUCUUGUGACGAAAAUGCACCAAUUUAGCUCCUACUUUGUCCGCAUCCUUGGCAAAGAGAAUCAUCGACGUAUUCCAGUGUGUCCGGAAUGUGAUAAGGUAUUCCCCUACGGUUUGGGAGACUUCAAACGUCACUUGCUCACAGUGCACUUGGAAGUACCACGCGAACACCUCAAGGAUUGUUUGCGGUUUACAUAUCUACCGAAGAGCGAAGAGAAGUUCCAAGAGCUGCAAGAACAGUUGGCUAUGCGGCAAAUGAAACCGCGUCUACUAGAAGGUUGUCGUCGUCGUGUCCCUCUGCCAUAUUCCAUUGUUAUUUUACGACGCCUUACAAGACAUCUACCGGUAGCAACGCGUGAGUUUCUAGAGCAAAAAAUGCAACUUUACAGUCGCUUAACAGUAAUCGUAGACACAAGAGGUGGAUUCAGAAGAUACAGGUGCAACCACUGCAACUACUCUUCUCCACAUGCAUUGGCAGAUGUCCGCAAGCAUAUUUUGGGUUCUCAUUGUGGCAUAUCGACUAAACAUUUCAGACACUGCUUGCAGGCCUCCCGGUUGGAUCCGGUAGAAUUUACUCUGUUCUCCGAUGAAAAAUUGGCCCGUCUUGCCAGAGAUUACAUGCACCGCCAGCACGGAUCGGAGGCAUUUAUCAAAGCUGGAAGUCGUUCACCGUCGCCUGAUGAUACUUUUAAUCAAAAUGGCCUCACUGAAGCUGAUUCGGUUGCGUCUAGUCCGUCUAAUUCGGGAUCUGAACGAAGAUCACACGACACUUUCGUUUCGCAUGUCACUGCUGUCGUGCCCGGAUCGAGGAAUCGGGUUACUGUCCGCAUCCGACCUCCAGUUCCUCCCGAUUCCGUUACAACAAGAUCGGCAACUCAGUCUAUCUCGAAUCCAGCCAACGGAAACAUGUGUUCUCCCACUUCACCUCCACGCUCUUCCGAAUCACCGGAUUCGUCUACUGAUUUUAUGGCUUCGACUACCCUCGAAAACUUAGAUCUUAACGCCCUGUCAUCGGUUCCGGGACUCGAAGGGGCCGAUCGAAUUGUUGAUCUUGCAUUGCCUUUUUCUGAGCCGGUGCUUCGUCAACUACUGGAGUCAGCUGGCGCCACUAGUGCCCAAACCGAAGAUGUCGUAUCAAAAAUGUACAUCUACUCUACCUACACAAUGACCCGUAUCUGCAGAAGCGAUCGAACGCUGGCCUUCCGGUGUCCCUGCGGACGAAUGUUCCUCACCACCCGCCAACGCGAUAGUAAGAUUCGGGCCGCCACCUUAGCUGAUAGCAGACGACACGUAAUGGGUGUUCACGCUCGUAUCCAGCAUGAAUUUCUCACAAUAUGUUGUCAGGCAUCCCGGAUUACCCGAGAAUACGACUUCCAGAUUUAUCCUGAUGACAUGCUGCUUCGGUUGGCCGUGGAGAGACCCAUUAAGCUAACCGGCUCAGUUACCCCUGGGAAUAAUGCCACUAAUCGGACUGAGCCUUCGACAAUUCGACUCAGAUCACGAGACUCUUCUUCAUGCAAGCAAAACUCUUCCUCCACCCGCCUCAGUGAUGCUAUCCUUGCUCAGUCCGAUAAGGAAGAUGUGGCGGACGUUCACUCGGCUAGUUCAGUAGACGGUCUCGGGACUUCACGCGAAUUCAAUGACGAGGAUGAAAUGUCAGUCACUGAAGACAAGGAUCCGGCCAAAAGAGUGUCCACUGCUAUCGAGAACCCCUUGUCACACCUUCGUCUAGCACAGGCCUCCUCAUCAGAAGAAGUAGAACGGGUGAUAGACUUACCUUAUUCUUCCGAUGCAUUGCACUGUUUGGUCGAAGGAUACUGCCCACCAAGCUACUUUCCAAUACUAGAGGAAAAAAUGGAUGUCUAUAGUUCGCUGAAGGUGUUCAUCUCUCGACGCCGGGGUCGGCGGUACUUCUGUUGUUCUGGCUGUAGCUCCUCCUCUCCUCACGGUAUGGGCGAUAUCCGUAAACACAUUUUGGGCGUGCACGCCAAGGUGCCUGAGCGCUACAAAGCCGCAGCGAUGCAUUGCAGUCGACUUAGCCGUGAAGAUAAUACCCUCUUACCAAAACACGUACUCUUGCACUUGGCCAAAAUGAAGUGGAAAGGUACCGUGAUUAAACCUUUGGCUGAAAUGGACUUGUCCCAGUUCGGAGCUAGGCGAGCAUCCGCUGUCGGUCUAGUCAAACAAACCGGACAGUUUGCUUCGCAGGUCUACCAACCGUCCACGCAACAUCGGGACUCGGAGAAACUUACAGCCCUAUCUACAACCACCACUGUGACGACUGGGAAUCACCGUUCACCUAGCCCUAUCAAGAAAUGUGAUUACUCCGCCUACGGUGACACCUCAUCCUCUACGUUAGAUACUGGUGCGGACCCUGUUGUUGCAUCCGACAUGAACAGUGAGGAGAAAGUGUUCCUAGAUGAACAGCCUUAUGUCAUACGGAUGAACACUGAUCCAGACCGCUCAGUUGUGGAAGACGGCUGCAGUCUAGUAUACGCCUGCUCCGCAUGCCCCCUACUCUCGAGCUCCAUGGGGUCUGUUCGAGCACACAUACUCCGGGCGCACCUAGAUAUGCCGCCUCAUCCUUGCCCCCAUUGUGAUCAGGUGUUCUACACAAGCAAGCGAGCAAUGAGCCAUCACGAAGAAUCGCAUCCAGACGUAGAGUUCACCGCUGGAUCAGAUUUAACCAUUUACCAAAAGGCCAUGAGUGAAAUCCCGAUUUCAAACAUCGAGUCCGAGUCCUCCGUUCGGAUUGAGCAGCUGAAACAACGAUUGCGCACCAACCUGGGUAAUAAACGAGUUAGCGAAGUCUGUGAUUCUGACUCAGCAAAUCCAUUCAAUCUCGACCCUGGGGAUGCCGACCCAACGCAUUGGACCUCGACUGCAUCUCAGGUGAUGGACUCUGAGCCUCAUUCUAAGAUUCCUCGUCUUGAUGCCUCACGCCCAUCAUCCAGGUCUUCGCAUUGCUCUAACGGAUUUACAAGCUUAAUGAACGGCGUUUCCGACCAGUCCAAACCACACAACUCCGCCUCUCGACUUGGCUUGAUUGGUUCAAGCCGUCGUAAACCCAGCAAGAUGCAACUUGUUCAGUUGAAACCAUCCAUGGAGCCUGAGCAUACGGAGUCUUCCGAAGUUUUGGAAAAAGCAUGCACAAGCCAAGCAGUGUCGUCCAACGAAGUCCGUAACAAGGUGAUCCUUGAUGUUAGUGAGAUAUGAGCCCGUCCUUAACUCCGAUCAAAAUGUAAAUAAACAAUUGACUAUGUUGUUCAGAUCAUGUCCGUCUGUUGCACCAUUUUCCUUGUACCCUAAUUUGAGACAUGUUUCUCUUUUCUCCUUGUUCCUUUAUGUUGUGCUUAGUUAUGUUUUCUCUUUUUUAUUUCAUUCCGUUUUGCUCAGUAACAUUUACGUUUUUCGGCGCGAGCCUUUGUUUGUACCAUUGCGGUGCACUGCGUUCAACAGUAUUUGCACUAUCUCUCUUCCACCCUUGUUACCUUGCCAUAAAUUGUCCGAAAUUGAAUCCUCAAAUGGCUAUGAGGAACGAGUGGCCCUUCCAGUUAGUCUAUUCCUCCAAGUGACCUGGCAGACAGAUCGCACACUCCAAGGCAUUUAAAUCUCUUCCACUGAUGCACCAACUGCUUCAAUCCUGAGAUCCGUCUUGAACUACCUGUUUUGGACCGAAAUCACAUCCUCCCAGAUGACGGUACUGUUUCCGCCGGGGUUUGCAUACGUGUGUCACCCCAACACAGUCAACGGCCACUUCUGCCUGCUGUUCAUUUUUCCUUAGCUGCUCGGACAACAUUCGCGGGAUUUUUCUCCAUUUGGUGAUUGUAUUUUCGCAUCGAAUCCUAUCUGGUCCAAGAACCGACAGUAGGCACUCGCGUUCCUGCUCUUCUGUCUCUGGGGUCGUCCUUUUGCACACAGUCGCCCUAAUUUUGUUAGCAUUAUUUCGUUCGGUCGACCGGAGUGGUACUCCGGUGCCUUCCCAACUCAACUCCCGUUCUUCUGAUUCGCAAUGUAUGAUAACUUCUGUUGUCUUCGGUUAUCUCGGGCUUUGUGGGUGCCGUGACUUUGCCUCUUACAAUCGUUUUCUUCUCUCGCAUGUUCUCUAUCACCAUCAGUAUUAUCAUCAAUAUUGCUAUUCUCCUUGUUGUUAUUAUGUACCGCUUGGUUUUACAGCAAUUGAAAGUCAUAAGGUCAAUAUGAGCUCCACGCUUUUGUCCGCUGACUCGCUGUAGCCCACUAGGUUCAAGGCUCGGUGGGGUAUCAUUUUUUCCAUCUGCGGAACCCUUAUUACUUGUCCACAAUGCUCGUUGGUGCGGUGUCUCUUACGUCGACCUCUAUCACUGGAUUAUUUUAGAAUGUUUGUUCCUCGCAAAUGAGCGACUUCCAGUCAGUGUAAAUCUUCCCUGUCGGUCAAAAUGUAAAAUCUAUCGAGAAUUUGUGGCAUCGGUGUGAUGUGCAUUUCCCGAAAGUCAAAUCAAUUACGUCAAAAUCUUGGGAGCGCUGUCUCAUCUGAAGUGACUCUUUCAUCGUGCACAAAAGUUGGAAACGACAAGAGCGGUGGUAUCUGAGGCGACUGUUUCGAACAUUCCCUUGCUUGCAUUUGCUGAGUCGUGUUCUUCAGUUUAGGUUGUAGCUAACUUUGUGAUUGAGACAUUAGGCAUACACCCAGCAUUUCGGCGUUUGGUUCCCCUUAUUAUGCUCCUCAACAUUAUCGUUCUGCAGAACAUUCUUGUAACGAGCCCUUGUGUUUGUUAAUUUAAGGUCUUUGAUGGGAAUCCACUUUCAUCUUUUGACUUCAACUUACCCAUGCAUAAUCGUCAAUCGUACUCAAAAGCACCCAUUUUACGCACUUG